AUUGCUGUGUUCACUGUAUCCUGGCUUGCUUGUUCUGUGAAUUUCUCACCCUCUGUAACAUUGUUCUGGGACAAGCAUCCUGUGGCAUCUGCACCUCGGAGGCCUGCUGCUGUUGCUGUGGGGACGAGGUGGGGGAUGACUGUAACUGCCCAUGUGAUAUGGACUGUGGCAUAAUGGACGCAUGUUGUGAAUCUUCAGAUUGCUUGGAGAUCUGCAUGGAAUGCUGUGGGAUCUGCUUCCCAUCAUGA